GAUGCCAGGAUUGGUGGGUAGAGCUGGAGUCCCACCUAGGCGCGCUGUGUCUUGUGGGUGGAAGCGCUGUCUGGGUUUUGGCGUUUCGCGCAAUGCUGCGGCGGGGAGACCCGGAGCUGACACCGAGACACUUGAAUUAGCUUUACCAGAGGAGAAAUGGAGGAGCCAUAGAACAUUAAGGAUGAAUUCAGGAAGACCCGAGACCAUGGAGAACUUGCCUGCUCUCUACACUAUUUUCCAAGGAGAGGUUGCUAUGGUGACAGACUAUGGAGCCUUUAUCAAAAUCCCAGGCUGUCGGAAGCAAGGUUUGGUCCAUCGAACUCACAUGUCCUCCUGUCGCGUGGAUAAGCCCUCUGAGAUAGUAGAUGUCGGGGACAAAGUGUGGGUGAAGCUUAUUGGCCGAGAGAUGAAAAAUGAUAGGAUAAAAGUAUCCCUCUCCAUGAAAGUCGUCAACCAAGGGACUGGGAAAGACCUUGACCCCAACAACGUUAUCAUUGAGCAGGAAGAGAGGCGGAGGCGGUCCUUCCAGGAUUACACUGGGCAGAAGAUCACCCUCGAGGCUGUCCUGAACACCACCUGCAAGAAGUGUGGCUGUAAAGGCCACUUUGCAAAGGAUUGUUUUAUGCAACCAGGAGGGACCAAAUAUUCUCUGAUACCAGAUGAAGAAGAGGAGAAGGAAGAGGCAAAGUCAGCAGAGUUUGAGAAGCCUGACCCCACAAGGAAUUCUUCUAGAAAAAGAAAGAAGGAAAAGAAGAAAAAGAAACACAGAGACAGGAAGUCAUCUGACUCGGACAGCUCAGACUCUGAGAGUGACACAGGCAAGAGGGCAAGGCACACCUCCAAGGACAGCAAGGCAGCGAAGAAGAAGAAGAAGAAGAAGAAGCACAAGAAGAAGCACAAGGAGUGACAGCGGAGAGAGUAGGGGGGUGGCCGAGAGGAGGAGGAACCAGGAGCCCGGUGCCUUGAAGCCCUGGCUCCCGGAAAGACUCAGUAGUGAGAAAAUGGCCUCCCACCCCGCUGGCUUCUCGCCCAUGGGAGAUGACUUCCCCUCAUGCAGCAGGCAGGUUUGGGAGUUAGAAGUCAGAAGCAUCUGCCCGAAUGAGUUGUCGUUCACUUAUCAUUCCUGGUCCCUUUGCAAGUGACCCCUGCAGCUCGCCCGUUCGUUCACUCAACUUCCUUCAUCCAGCAGGAGGUCCUGUUACCCUCUCCAGCUGCCACUGCCAGAGCCAGAUUCCUGCACAGGGGUCCAGGCUCCAGCCACAGGUACCGCUGUGGAGGCGAGUCUGGCUGUGGUUGGAGAACAGAGUGAGUGGCCCCUCCCCGUCGGGUCUGCCCUGGGCUGCUUGGUGAGCACCCAACACGGGGGCCGAGGGAGAUCGGCAGGAUGAGGGAGAACAUGGUAAGAAGUGGUGCUCACUUUUUCCAUUCCCCCUGACAUGAUUCAAUCAUGCUAGAAGUGACAGCCAGAAAACCAUCGUCUGCAGUGACUGAGCUUGUGUGUGACAUUCUGCCAGACCACUGAACCAGACAGCUCAAGCCAAGAUCAUUGCUUUACUUUGUAUUCACUACCGUGUGAGUCCCUUGGUCCCACUUCAGGUCUCUGCUUCAAUUCCUGGCACUAAACGGAAGUGUGUUUGGUUUUAAACUUA